CUUUCAUUACUGCAUUCGAACGUUCAGUGUGCGUUUGAUAAUUAUGAGUUUCUCUUUUGUGACGCAAGGGUCACAUGUCCCGAAGGUCUUAAGCGACAGUUAUCACCGUCACCGCGGUAGUGGCGCCUUCGUUGUAGUUGGAGCGAUUCGAACCGUAGACAGGGGCAAUUUUACUAUUUCCAUUGACGGAGACGUGGUUAAUCGAAAAAAUAGUAUUUCAGAAAACACUUCGUCGAAUUGUGUUAGUGAAAUGAGCGGAAAAGUGAAAAAAAAUGUUCAUUUAGGCAAUCUUCAUUCGGGGAGUGGAACAUCGACCAGGAAAGCAUUUAUGCUCGUAGGUCUGAUAUUCCUGACCUCAUUAACUGCGCUCCUGUGGGUUUAUACCCAUUUUCCGGAAUUGUCGGAGCAUGAAAAGGAGCACAUGAAAUUACCCUUCAACAUAGAAGAUGCCAAAAAUUUAGGUAAACUGUUAGAACAAUACAAGGAUCGUUACUACAUAGAAGUGCUCGCCGGACUCUUCCUCACAUAUGUAUUUUUACAAACGUUCGCGAUACCGGGAUCAAUAUUCUUGUCGAUUUUGUCCGGAUUUCUGUUCCCAUUUCCUCUAGCACUAUUCCUUGUGUGCAGUUGUAGUGCUAUCGGUGCAAGUUUGUGUUAUCUCGUUUCAUCAUUGUUAGGAAGAAAAUUAUUGUUUAAAUACUUUCCUGAUAAAGCAAACGAGUGGGCACUCAAAGUAAUCAAACACAAAGACCAUUUAUUGAAUUAUAUGUUGUUCCUGAGGAUGACACCACUAUUGCCAAACUGGUUCAUCAAUUUAGCGAGCCCGGUUAUCGGUGUUCCUUUAAUGCCAUUUAUUGUCGGCACCUUUUUUGGUGUUGCUCCACCUUCGUUCGUCGCUAUACAAGCCGGACAAACUUUAAACAAAUUAACCUCUUCCAGUGAUGCUUUCUCAUGGAACAGUAUUAUUAUCCUUUGUAUUUUUGCCCUCGUCUCCAUUUUGCCUGUAAUCUUCAAACAAAAGUAUAGCAAAAAGUUUGAUUAAGCCAUUUUUUUUAUUCUCUAGCCAAAGAAUUUCUUUUUUUCAAAAUAAAGUCUUAUUAAUUCUUUAGACAUAAUUACUUUUAUUCGAAUAAUAAAAGAUUUAUUUAUUCACGAAUGAACUUUUCGAUCUCGGACUAUUUCCGGCCUAAAUUCCUUGACCAAUAUCCAAAUGUUUGACCGGGACUCGUCCAGAACGAUAAAUCAAUCUAGCUAAAUUUUUUGAGCUCUCACUCUUAUGCUUACGAUACAAAAGGUCCACAAUAGGUUAUUGAAGUUUUUAGUUUGUGAUUAUCUCAUUUAUAAUUACACUCUUCACAAAGUUCACUAAGAUUUCGUAACUCUUGAAUGAGUUAUGCGAAAAUUCCAAUUUAUUCUCUGAAUCGUUGAUAUUCAAUGAAUAUCACAAUUCUCAGUUUUUUUAGUCUCUGCGUCGUGGUACAAAUUUGCUGUUAUUCUUAACAUAAUUUUUCUGUAUAAGGUCGUAUUUAUUAUUAGAAAAAACAUGUAAAUAUAAGCAAUGCGGGUGUUGCGUAAUUUAUUAUUGAUUGUAAAAUAUUGUUGAACAAACGCAUGCCGAAACUGUCUUCGGCAAUAAAUCAUCAUUAUUACAUUCAA